AGAUUGACAGAACCUCAUAAAACAGCUAUUAGAGUCAUAAGAAAAAUUAAGUAUUUUGUCUCAAGGAGAAAGUUUCAGGUAUGCAUUGCAAUUUUUGGCUUAACAUUUUUAAAACUAUAAACCUUCAUUGGUUAACAAUCACUUCUGUCAAUUAAUUGAACCUUUGAUCUGUAUUCAAUUACAGGUGAUAAAUUUUUAGGGGAUUUUUUUAGUUGGUCUUGUUUUUCAAAUGAAGCAUGUAACUUGCAUGCUACAUUAUCGCAAUGCGAAAUAUCUUAUAGUUAAACUUUUUAACCUCUAGCAAGCCAGGAAACCAUAUGAUGUUCGAGAUGUCAUAGAACAGUAUUCUCAGGGUCAUCUCAAUAUGAUGGUCAGGAUAAAAGAGCUUCAACGAAGGUCGGCUGGAUUAGAACUAUUGAUUUGUUUUAGCCCUUAAAAGUUUUUAAAUUUAACUUUGCAUAUAAUUACACUAUUAUUGCAUGAUGCACAUUUGCAUCUAUUGCCUCAGGCCCUCCAAACCCCAGUGCAUGAUACCCUCACUAAGUGGCCCUUGCAACCAGUGAAAUAUCCUCAACAACACAAGGCACAGAAACAUUGUAAAUCCCCUCUACAUGCAUAGGAGCCAAAAUGAUCAAUAAAUUCGUCAUGGGCCUUUAAUAUAUAGAAGAAGAAGAAGAUCUAUGUGUAUUCAAACAGCUCAGUUCUUUGUGCAUCACCCUGUAUUGCUAGUAUUAGUAUUUUGAAUUAAUAUUGUAUUAUUAUUUUUGUCUCCAUUGAUGUGAAACUUUGUUAACUUCUUUUAAGUUAUCUUCUUUUAAAUCAUUUUUGUGGAUUUUAUCUAUUAUCAUAUUGGGACUCAAGCAUAAUAUUUUAAAAUCAAUUCUUAAUACCCUGAAGUUAAGCUGAAUACAAAAUGUUAUUUGUAUACAGAAUAGUAUUUAAUUUUCUCCAGACUGGACCAAACAUUAGGCAAACCUGGAAGUCUUUAUGCCAGCUCAGCUAGGGAUCGAGAAAAAAUGACUAUAGGCGCCAGGAUGGUUCGUGUUGAGACUCAGGUA